AUGGAUGUUACAGAGAGUACCGAAUGUAUGAGACUCACAGAUGAGGAGUCUAUUGAUGUUUCAAUGGGUGGGGAUACAAGUGCUGCAAAUGUAGAAUAUAAAGAGUCAAGCCCUAGAAGCAAAAAGCCUAGAGGCAUCAAUAUUGGUAAGAGAAAAUUGAGAUCUUCUGCUUGGGAAACAUUUGAUUUAUUGCCUCUUGGAGAAGAUAAAAAAAGGCGUGCUAAAUGUAAAAAUUGUGAGACAAUUUAUGUGUGUGAUAGUAGGUGUGGGACUGGAAAUUUGUUGAAUCAUGCUAAAAAUUGCGUUAAGAAACCACUUGGUGAUGUGAAACAAUUACUUAUGUCAUCAUCUGGAUUGCGUUCCCCUAAAUUUGAUCAUAUCAGAUUUCGUAACUUGUUAAUAGAGGCAAUCAUAAAACAUAACUUGCCUUUUAGCUUUGUUGAAUAUGAGGGAGUUAGGGCUUUGUUUGCUUAUGUCUCACCGGAUAUUAAGUUGCCUUGUAGAAAUACUGUUAAGGCAUGUGUGUUGAGGAUGUUUAAAAGUGAAAGACAAAAACUUCAGAGUUUGUUAAGCUCAGUUCAGGGAAGAAUUUGUUUAACAUCAGAUUUAUGGACCUCUCUAUGUACUGAUGAUUAUCUUGCUCUUACUACCCACUUUGUUGAUAAAGAUUGGAGAUUACAUAAAAGAAUUAUCAACUUUUGUCAUAUGCCUCCUCCACAUUCUGGUGUUGCAUUAUCUGAAAAAAUCAAUACAUUAUUAACUGAGUGGGGGAUUGAGAAGAAGUUGUUUUCUAUUACUCUUGAUAAUGCUUCUGCAAAUACAGCUUUUGUUGAUAUUUUGACGAAUCAAUUGAACUUUAGAUCUCUUCUAUUGAUGGGUCGUAAGUUUUUUCAUGUCCGUUGUUGUGCCCACAUUUCAAACUUGAUAGUCCAAGAUGGACUUAAAGAAAUUGACUCUUCAGUGACAAAGAUUCGGGAAUGUGUCAAGUAUAUAAAGGGAUCCAAGGCAAGGAAACAAAAAUUCUACGAUUGUGUUGCACAAGUAGGGAUUGUGGGUAGUAAGAGAGGAUUGAGACAAGAUGUCCCUAUUAGAUGGAAUUCAACUUAUACCAUGCUUGAUAGUGCACUUUUCUAUCAUCGUGCAUUUAUUAAUUUAGGGUUGAUUGAUUCCAAUUUUAGUAGUUGCCCUUCUCCCCAAGAGUGGAUUAAAGUAGAGAAGAUUUCCAAGUUUUUGGGGUAUUUUUAUGAAGUGACAUGCUUAUUUUCUGGAACAAAGUACCCCACAUCAAAUUUAUUCUUCCCUAAGAUCUUCAUAAUCCAACACCAAAUCAAGGCAGCCAUUGAAGAUGAUGAUAUUUUCAUGAACAAGAUAGGAACUAAUAUGAGCAUGAAGUUUGAGAAGUAUUGGUCAGAGUACAGUUUAAUUCUUGCAAUUGCAAUUAUCUUGGAUCCUCGUUAUAAGUUGCAUUUUGUAGAGUGGGCUUAUACUAAGCUUCAUGGUAAGGAUUCUCGAGAAUUCAAGGGUGUUACAGACACAUUGACUUCCCUUUUUCAUGUGUACACGGAAACUUUAUCUCCUCUUCUUAAUGCAAGUUUUCCAACGAAUGAGACAACUAGUCACAAUGAAGGUGGAGACACCAUUCUUGAGGAUUUUGAUAAUAGUUACAAAAAUGGUUCAAGUUCAUGUAAGAAAAAUGAAUUGCAUAAGGAUUUGGAUGAGGAAAGACUAGAUAGAAAGCAAGAUAUAGAUGUUCUUUCUUGGUGGCAAAUGGAGCAUUUUCAUUAUCCAAUACUUUCACAUUUAGCUCGGGAUGUGUUAACAAUUCCCAUUUCUACCGUUGCAUCGGAAUUGGCUUUUAGUAUUGGCGGAAGAGUAUUAGAUCAAUAUCGUAGUUCAUUAUUACCUCAAACUGUUCAAGCUUUUUUGUGCACUCGAGAUUGGCUUUUUGGAAAUGGAGCAAUAGAUGAAGGAAGUGCCGAAGUGGAAAGUCUUACUGAAGAUAUUUUCAAUCUUACUUGUGAAGAGACUAGAUCAGGACAAUGUUCCAAUAUGAGAUUGCAUAUUUGGUGA